GCCAAGGAGCUCGGCCUUCCGGGAGCGGGGAAGCGCUGGCUGGCGUCGGCGACGCUGCCGAUGGGGUGGAAGUCCGCGAUGGGCUUGAUCCAGUACUUGCACCGGCGCCUGCUGACGAAUGUUUCCGGGCCCCCUUGGGCGCUGCCUGCAGAGAGGGAGUUGCGCAAGGAUCGUGCCGCCCCGCGGCUUUCUUCAUCGCUGGAGGGCUUGCGGGCGAUAUGGUUGAUCUACGCCGACGACUUCGACGUCCCGGAGAUUUUCGAGAACCGGGAGCAGUUGCUGAAGGCCCAGAGUGAAGGACCACCAGCAUUCUACCAGUGGGCUGGACAGCAGUACCAGGCCCUAGAGGUGCCCACCUCGACGGAGAAGGCCGGGCGCAGGCAGCAGGUCACUAAACGGCUCGGCGCGCGCAUCGACGGAGCCGUUGGGGCGAUCGGACCCGACGCUCAACAGAUAGGGCAAAUGCUGAGGCUCACGCUCCACGUCAUCUCUCGGGGGCACAGCAACGCGCGCCAGCUGCAGGUGUUCGGCGGGCAUUGGACGCACGCCAUGCAAUUUCGGCGGGAGGCGUCCGGCGCGUUGGCUGUGCACUCGGAGCUAUGGCUCGCCAUCUUCCUCCUGUCAGUCAUGGUGAUAUGGCUGGGAUCGCCGCUGGACCCCGUGCCCACCGCUUCGGACGCCUCCGAGACGGGCGGCGGCGUCUGCGCCACGCGCGGGCUCUCACCGAGGGGCCACGCAGCCGCCCUGCGGGACCUGGCCCUGCUCGACGCGAGCGCGGCCGACGCAGUCGGUCUUAUUGGCGUCUGCGAUGGCGUCGGCGGCGCCCGACAGGCCUUCCACCUGCUAGGGCUUGCCCCGGCGAUGCACCGCAGCAUCGAGUCAGACCCGGCAGCGCGGCAGGCGAUGAAGGCGCGGUGGCCGGACGGGCAGAAUUUGGGCGACCUCGGUCUUUCCAAGUUCGUGGAGGCCAUGGACUGGUUCAGGGAGAUCUUCGACGACUGCGUCGUGCUGAGGCUGGCGGAGAACGCGCAGAGCCUGAGCCCCGGUUCGCGCGAGCAUUGCACGCAGCUCCUGCGGUGCUGGCCAGUGGGCGUCUGCCCGGGCAGGGCGAGCCCCGUUGGGCGCCCGCGCUACUAUUGGUGCGACUGGGCAGCGCAGCGGCGCGCGCAGACGCAGCUCGAGGCCGAACUCGAAGACGUCCGCUGCGGCCUCAUCGGGAGCGCCUUCCACGCGCCGGCGGUCGCCUGGCCCCUGGGCUCGGCGCUCUUCGAGCUGCGCGCGCUGCAGGCGCGGCCUUGUUUUGGCCGGUGCUGGGGGGAGCUCGCGGACCAGGAAGCCGAGAAGUUAGCCGAACAGCUCGGUCUCAGUCAGGAUCCCCGUGAACUGGAGAAGCAAGCGGUCGCCCUGCUCCACCGCUCCGCCACGUUCAAGGAGUCGGACGUCCGGCUCGCGGACCAGGUCGUGUUGGCGCCACAUAUCUGGCCUCGUCGGGGGCUGGAUCCAUUCCGGUGGCGCUGGAAAGUCUUGCUCGCACCCCCGCUGUCCAGCCAGCACAUCAACGCACUAGAGCUGAAGGCCGUGCUGACGACGAUGAGGUGGCGGGCUAGAUUUUCCUCGUGUCUCGGAUGCAGGUGGCGCAUGCUCUCGAUUCUCAGGUAUGCCUGAGCGCGCUCGUAAAAGAUAGGCCGAGUUCUUUUCAAGUGCAAACUGUUCUCAGACGUGUCAACGCUCUCAUUCUGGCGGCUAGCUUCCCCCCUGUUUUCGCAUAUGUUCCCUCCGCCGAUAACCCGGCGGAUGCGCCCUCGCGAUGGCGCCCAAGUUAAAGCCAGACGAGGAGCGCCGCCGCCCGAAACAGAGGAGAGCAAGUUUAGGCACGUUGAAAGAGAACCAGAUUAAGCCGAGUACCCGAGCACGCUGCACAUCUGCAGUCGAGAGUUUUCCAAUGGCUGGAUUGCAUGAGGUUGGCAACGCCGGCAGCGACGGCAGAGUUCGACUUGCUCGUGUGUGACUAUUUGGAACAUGG